UCGUAACUUUCCGCUCAACAACCAGUGAACGGAUAUGGAGCCAGCGACAAAGAAGGCCAAAGCAGAUGAUGGUGGUGAGGGCGGUCGCCUCUGGGGCGGUCGCUUCACGGGUGCCACGGACCCGUUGAUGGAAGCCUUCAACGCCAGCAUCGGGCUUGACAAGCGCAUGUAUGCGCAGGACAUCCAGGGAAGCGUGGCAUACGCCCGCGCCCUGGCAAAGGCCGGCCUCAUUACUGCCGAGGAGGAGCGCAGCAUCGUCAAGGGCCUGCAGGCCGUCUUGGAGGAGUGGCGCGCCGGAAAGUUCGUCAUUGCUGAUGGCGACGAAGACAUCCACACCGCCAACGAGCGCCGCUUGAAGGAGAUCAUCGGCGAGCCAGCCGGCAAACUGCACACCGGGCGCAGUCACCGAUCAUAA